UUAUUUGGAGCUAAGAAAGAUGAUGACAAACCUGCUGCGACUACUGGUGGUUUCUCAUUCGGUGCAAAGAAAGAUGAUGACAAACCUGCUGCAACUACUGGUGGUUUCUCAUUCGGUGCAAAGAAAGAUGAUGACAAACCUGCUGCAACUACUGGUGGUUUCUCAUUUGGUGCCAAAAAGGAUGAUGAUAAGCCAGCUUCUUCAGGGUUAUUUGGAGCUAAGAAAGAUGAGGAUAAGCCAGCUGCUUCAGGUACAACUCCAAGUUUAACGUUUGGCACUAAACCUGAUGAAAAGAAAGACGAUAGUAAACCUGCCACGGCUGGUUCUAUUGCACCCACUGCUACUACUGCUACAACGUCAGUUCAACCAAACUUGAAGCCAACAAAGAUUGAACCUAUUCCAGUAUCCAUUGAUAAUAAGACAUUAGAUGAUUUGAUUAUAAAAUGGUCCAAGCAAUUAUCCACAACUAGUAAAAUAUUUAAUUCCUAUACUGAAAAAGACUCACUUGAAGCAGAAGCUACACAAUCUAAGAUCGAUCAACACUUGUUAUUUGUCGAAAACCAACAAGAUGAAUUAGAGAAGUUGUUGGAUAACUAUGAACAACAGGCUGAUAUUUUGUUGAAUAACAUUGAAUUGAAUAAUAAUUCAGCUGCUGCUAAUGCUACUGCAGUAAUGCAAUCCGCUGAUGCAGCAGCUGCUGCUGCAUCUACUAAUGGUGCUUCCGCGGCUGCGGCUGCCGCGGCUGCUGCUGCUGCUGCAAAUUCAAAUAAUAGUUCUUUAAGUGUUACUGAUAAAUUACGAGAAAAGGCUUAUCAUAAUGCUGAAUUGUUGGAUGAAAGAUUGGAUAAUUUGGGUGAGAAUUUGAGCACAUUGAUCAAUGAAAUCAAUUCAGUUAGCGAUGUAUUUAACAAGAAUUUGAUAAAUGAUUUGGCAGAAGGUAAUUCUGGUGCCACUACUGGAUCAUCCGAUGAAAAAUCAUUGCAAAAGACUUCAAAGGGAGGGGAAAAUCCAGUUGAAGAAAUUGUCAAAUUGUUGAAUUUACAUUUAGAAAAUUUGAAGUACAUUGAAUCAACUGAAGAAGAUUUGAAGAAGAAAUUAGACAAGCUUUCCAAGACCAAAAAAUCACACUAUUAG